AUGUCAAGCUACUACGAAGAAUUCUACACUGGUUGGCACCCAGACGCAGUACCUCGCCAGCGGAAGAAAUGGCUCAAUUUCCUUUCACUUCGUUUUGGCGCCAUUUUCAUCACGAUUGCACCCAUCGUAUGCUUUGCUUGGGCAUACACACAACAUGAGGCCGGUGUUGUGGCCACUGAUGGACUCGGUAGUGCAUGGGCCGGGAUAAACCUGGGAACCGCCGCAUACGGUUUUGUCUGGUCCGCUUCGGUAUUCCUCGUGGUGAUCGUCUUCAAUUGUGCUGUCCCUCCUGGAGUCACCAUCUUCUUCGACUGCAUUGCCUGGCUCGGGCAGCUCAUCACCAUUUGUUUCUAUAUGCAAGAACUAGCAGGCUGGCAUGCGGGUGGCUACGGAUAUUCCAAGAAUAAUAUACACGAAAAUCUAUACGGAGCGGAGGUCUUCGGGUGCUCAAUGAUGCUUCUUGGGAUUGUAUUCAAUAUGAUUUUGAUGAUCGUUGCCUCGAGAGCUUGUCAUGUUCAACGAAAGGCUAAGAAGCAACUCACAAAGCCCGAACUUGAUGUCUAG